AUGUAUCGUCUUCAGUCGGCAUCCUUCCUGGCCGCGAUGCUGUCGGCCACUCAGGUCGCAGCCCACGGUCAUGUCACCAACGUCGUCGUUAACGGUGUCUACUAUGAAGGCUUUGACAUCAACUCUUUCCCAUACAUGUCGGACCCUCCCGCUGUCGCCGCAUGGGGCACCCCCAACACCGGCAACGGCUUUAUCACCCCCGAGGACUACACCUCGCCCGACAUCAUUUGUCACCAGAACGCGACCAACGCCAAGGGCCACAUCAGUGUGAAUGCAGGUGACCGUGUCAACAUCCAGUGGACCGAGUGGCCCGAAUCGCACCACGGACCUGUCAUGGACUACUUGGCCGACUGUGGUGACAGCUGCGAGACUGUUGACAAGACCAGCCUCAAGUUCUUCAAGAUCGACGGCGUUGGUCUGGUCGACGACUCGGAUGUUCCUGGUACCUGGGGUGAUGACCAGCUGAUCAAGAACAACAACAGCUGGAUGGUCGAGAUCCCUGAGUCCAUCGCUCCCGGAAAUUAUGUCCUCCGUCAUGAGUUGAUGGCUCUCCACGGUGCUGAGAUGGAGGAUGGUGCCCAGAACUAUCCUCAGUGCUUCAACCUGAAGGUCUCUGGCUCUGGCACUGCAAAGCCUGACGGUACCCUGGGCACGGCGCUGUACAAGCCUACCGAGGCUGGCGUCAGCGUCAACAUCUACUCCUCGCUCUCGACCUACCAGCUCCCCGGUCCUACCAUCUGGUCGGGCGCCACUUCCAUCUCGCAGGCCACCUCCACCGUCACUUCCACCGGCUCUGCCACCGUCGGCUCUGGCUCUGCUGCUGCUUCUGGCUCGAGCUCGAGCGCAGCACCCACCGCCAAGAACAAUGUCGCCCUGCCCACCACCAUCCCCGUCCGCGUGCCUGCAUCCACUGCCCCCUCUAGCACUGAGGCCGCUGCUCCUUCCGCUCCCUCGACUUUCUUGACCGCGAGUUCGCCUGCUCCGUCUGCUCCCCCGUCUGCUGCUUCGUCCGCUCCUUCUGCUAGCAGCGCUGGCGGUGCGCAGUCUGCCUACGGCCAGUGCGGUGGUGUUAACUGGACUGGACCUAAGUCCUGUGCCAACGGAGCUUCUUGCAGUUCCAUGAACCCUUACUACUCGCAAUGCACUCCUGCUGCUUAG